AUGGCAGGUCGCUCGGACUUCCUCUUUGAUGUUCCCGGCGACACCAUCUGCGUUCGAUCUCGCGAAUCAAAGCAAUCAGUGAACAGUGUACCAAGUGCCGGAAUACCCACGGGCAGGCAUGACCAUAAUGAUAUUUACAUCACUGAGAGUUGCAAAAUGUCGGCCACUGUCCUGAUCUUUGCCAACCUCGUCAAGUACUUCCAGCGCGAACAUCCCCUUUAUGUUCUUCGUACUCGUGGCUUCGAGCCAGGUCAGCCUUUCUUUACGUCCAUGGACGAAAUAGUGUACACCUACGCUGCAGCAAUACAGAUGACUCGACCCAACGGUCCUUAUGCCAUUUCUGGUCAGAGUGACGAGUCAAACUCGUUGGUUUGA